UAAUUACGUUACAACAAACCACCAGCUCAGCAACAUCCACAUAGCAACAGGCUAACUAGAACGAUAGAACGGGCGCGUCAGCAAUUCGCACCGAUCGACGAACGCGUGGACCCUUGCACCAGCCGGAGGUACCAGCUCAGCAGUUUUAGGUAUUAAGUAUAGGACCCGAUCAAUGUCGCGGUAGUUAGUAUUCGGUACUCGGUAGUGAAACGUGUCUUUAUCAGUGACAAAGAACAAUCAUAAAUGUUAAAUAAGUUAAGAAAUGAUUAAAUAAAUCUUUUUUUUAUAUCAACUCAUUCGGUCCGACUGUUUUUGGCGCAGCCUUACGGCGUCAAGUGAAGUGAAGUUGGGAAAACAGUGCAAUUGGAAUCUAAUAAAUUUCAUCAAGUGUGAUCCGGAGGAGCAGCCACUACAAGAUAGAGCAGCCGCAUCCAUCUCUUCGCGACUACCAAAGUGAAGACGACUUGAGGUCACCGCCGCCAACUAGCUGGAUCUUGACGACCGAACCUAAAGUGUACACUCUUCAACCGGCUUUACUCCAAACGAGGUUCUGUUUAACCAGGAAAAUAACGUCAUUCGACAGGACAUAGACGAAACGGCCCGAGUAAUCUUCACAAAGGUAAAGGCAAACAUAGACAAGGCAGCUGCCAGGCAGUUGAACCAAAACAAACAUAAAGAAGAACCACCUGAACUUCAGGAAAACCAGCAGGUUUUCAUUAAACCUAAUAUAAGAAAAAAACUAGAAGCCAGAGCAAAGCAAAACAUAACAAAACAGGUCACUGAAAGGACAUUUCAGAACAACAAAAACGUAAAGAGGCAUAAGAAUAAGAUCAAAAGACUCAAAGCAACUUAAAACCAAAAACAUGUUAUAUUUUCUUAAACUCAUAUAUUUUUUUAUGGCAAUGGUAGAUUCAAAACUUUUAGAAAUAAGAAACUUAAAUUCUGACCCUGUGCUUUUAUUGAAACUUAAAGAUUGUAGAAUUCAAACAGGGGUAACAAAAAUAAUCCAUCCCAUUAAUUUAACAAACAUUGAAACUAACAUUUUUCUUUUUAGUGAAAUAGCAAGACGUACCAAUACCGAUUUGCCAAUGUCUAACCUAAUUUUGCAAAAGAGUAGAACAUUAAUAAAUAACUUUUAUCAGCUUAAACCAAUAAAGAGCAGACGUCAUAAACGCUGGGACAAGUUAGGUCAAGCAUGGAAAUGGAUUGCUGGCAGCCCCGACGCCGACGACCUGAGACUAAUCAACAAUACUUUAAACGAGUUAAUUAAUCAGAAUAACCAACAAGUAAAAGUCAACGACGUCAUUAACAAGAGGAUCCAAGAAAUGACGUAUACAAUCAACACUUUAAUCAAACAACAGUCACUUAACAAUAAACUAAUCCUGGAAGAAAUUGAUGCUUUAACAUUGAUACUUUACAUGGAUACCAUCAACGAUCUUCUCGAAGAGAUACAGGAAACAGUCAUAAGGGCAAAGAUCUCACUACCAAGCAGCAAACUACUGACACUCAAGGAAAUCAUCUUUAUGGACUCACUAUUGCAAGAUCAAGGAGUUGGAUUACAAUUUCCCGAAGAGGCGCUCAAUUUCGCUACACCCAAAAUUGUUGUCAAGCCCGAUGUACUAUUGUAUAUUUUGGAAAUUCCCGAGUUAGAAAAGAAGACAUCCGAGACAAUCGAAAUCAUUCCUCUGACAGUAAAUGGAAAAAUAAUAGUUGACGUCCCGAGAUACAUAAUCAAGUCAACUGAUCGAAUAUUCACGACGGUCAGUCCGGAAAAGGCUAUCCAGCGAUACACCGACAUAAAACUAUUGGAAGAUAACUGCACAUACUCAAUAGUCAUGGGAUUGCUAAGUCAUUGUAAAGCCCAACCAUUUUUGGAAACGGCAGUACUCCUCGUAUCAGAAAACAAACUGUUGAUACAUAACGCAGAUAACAUCAAAUUGUCAUCAAAUUGUGGACCAGACGACAGGAAUCUGUCGGGAAACAUUCUCGUCACCUUCCAUAACUGCAGCAUCAAUUUAUCCAACCAAACCUUCACCACUACAGAAGUUCUCAGUUCAAUCAAGGAACUACAAGGAGCAUUUCCAAAUCUCAAAAUUCACUGGAAUAUCGAAACGAUACAUAACAUCUCUACACUUACAAAUCAUACUUUCAUCAACAGAGAACACAUCGAGAAUAUCAAACUCAAGCAGUUUUCGCAUCAAACCUGGAUUUUUAGCCUUAUAGGAGGAUUGUCAACCACCACGGUAAUUAUCAUCGGUAUAAUGAUCUUUGUUUGUCUCCACAGGAAGAAGAUAGUUGUUAAAAUCAGAAGCCCCCGCCUUAAAGAGACCAUAGAACAAAUUGGUAUCCCCAAGCAUCUAGAACACCCUGCGAAAGAUGAUAACAAGGACGAGGACGUCCUUUCUUUACCCCCCGGAGGAAUUACGUUACAACAAACCACCAGCUCAGCAACAUCCACAUAGCAACAGGCUAACUAGAACGAUAGAACGGGCGCGUCAGCAAUUCGCACCGAUCGACGAACGCGUGGACCCUUGCACCAGCCGGAGGUACCAGCUCAGCAGUUUUAGGUAUUAAGUAUAGGACCCGAUCAAUGUCGCGGUAGUUAGUAUUCGGUACUCGGUAGUGAAACGUGUCUUUAUCAGUGACAAAGAACAAUCAUAAAUGUUAAAUAAGUUAAGAAAUGAUUAAAUAAAUCUUUUUUUUAUAUCAACUCAUUCGGUCCGACUGUUUUUAUAUUUGUAUUUUUCGAUGGACCUCUAGGCAUUCUUGAAGGGUUAUUAUUUUUGAAAUAUUGUGUUUAUUUUGACGACAGAAUCGCUUUUGUGCUAAUAAAAGGACUAUUUGUUGAGAAUUUUUCUUCAAAAUUUGAGAAAAAAAUUCACGCACAUUUUUUUAUUUUCAACCAAUUUGCCCAUUCAACAAGUAAAGCUGUUAUUUUAAGCCUCUAACUCUUUUUAAUAUACAUACGUACAUAAGAGUGUCACAAAGACCUUAUAAUAUUCCAA